AUGGCAUAUAACGGAUUCCCAGUGAACCUUUUCUGCGGCUCACUUUUUUUGCUGUUAGUGUUACAGCAGUCCAAUGGCGACAAGAGCUAUUCUUUUCCAGAGGAAAUGAAACGUGGAUCGGUGAUUGGAAACAUAGCCAAGGAUCUUGGGCUUGAAGUAGGCAGACUUCCACCUAGGAAGGCUCGGAUUUUCCUCGAAGGAAACCGCAAAUGUUAUUGCGAGAUUAACGUUGAUACCGGAGAACUGCUCGUUGCUGAUCGGAUUGACCGAGAGGAGCUGUGUGGAGCAAAGAUUUCAUGCAUUUUGAAAUGUGAAUUGGUACUUGAAGAUCCUCUCGAAUCGCACCGGAUAUCUUUGCAAAUUCAGGAUGUAAAUGACAACCCACCAGUUUUUGUUAAGGAUGCCGUUAAACUGGAAAUAAGUGAAUCAGCUCCGAAAGGGUCUCGGUACAGAAUAAAUGCCGCACGCGAUGCAGACAUAGGACAAAACGCUGUGCAAAAUUAUAUUUUACAACAAAACAAUUAUUUUGCUCUAAAUGUACUUACAAAUUCUGUUGGUACAAAAUAUAGUGAGAUAAUUUUAGAUAGAGAAUUAGAUCGUGAAGAACAGCAAGAAGUGACCUUAUUGUUGACAGCCGUCGAUGGUGGCUCUCCUCGGAGAUCAGGCACCGCAGUCAUACACAUCACUGUGCUGGAUGCUAAUGAUAACGCCCCAGUGUUCAGCCAGGCAGUCUAUGUGGCUACUCUACCUGAAAACUCUCCUGUAGACACUGUAGUAAUGACUGUGAGCGCUAAUGAUGCAGAUGAGGGCGUGAAUGGUAAAGUAACGUAUGAAUUCAGUGGAAUAAGUGAUAUCGCAAGACAAAUAUUUUCAUUAAAUGAAUAUACUGGAGAAAUUACAGUAGCAAAAAAUGUUGACUACGAAGAAGAAACGAGAUUCGAAAUGCUAAUUGAGGGGAAAGAUGGCUAUGGCCUUUCUACAGAAACAAAAGUAGUAAUAGAUAUAACUGACGUGAAUGACAACGCCCCAGUGAUAAAUAUUAAUUCAUUAGCAAACCCCACACCUGAGAACGUGCCACCUGGUACAGAGGUGGGCAUUAUUAACGUGCAGGAUAGAGACUCUGAGAAUAACAGACAGGUCCGCUGCUCCAUUCAGCAAAAUGUCCCUUUUAAGUUAGUUCCCUCCAUUAAAAACUAUUAUUCUCUGGUGACCACAGGACAACUGGACCGUGAACUAGUAUCCGAUUACAACAUUACAAUCACUGCCACUGACGAGGGCUCUCCACCUCUGUCCUCCUCUAAAACCGUUCAGUUAUCUGUAGCCGACAUCAACGACAACCCACCGGUGUUUGAGGAACAGUCCUACAGCGCAUAUGUGAGUGAAAACAACAAACCCGGCUCCACUUUAUGUUCCGUGACUGCUCGAGACCCCGACUGGAGACAAAACGGUACAGUGAUUUAUUCUCUGUUACCGGAUGAGGUGAACGGUGCCCCGGUGUCGUCCUAUCUGUCCGUUAACGGUGACACGGGGGUGAUCCACGCUGCGAGGUCGUUUGAUUACGAACAGUUCAGGAGCUUUAAAGUCCACGUGAUGGCCCGAGACAACGGUUCUCCUCCGCUCAGCAGCAACGUGACCGUCAGUGUCUUCAUAUUGGAUGUGAACGACAACUCUCCUCAGAUACUGUACCCCGCCCCGGAGGGCAACUCCUUCAUGACCGAGCUGGUCCCCAAAGCUGCACACGGAGGCUCUCUGGUGUCCAAAGUGAUAGCGGUGGACGCGGACUCCGGCCAGAACGCCUGGCUGUCCUAUCAUAUAGUCAAAUCCACCGAUCCGGGACUUUUCACCAUUGGUGUCCACAGCGGAGAGAUCAGGACCCAGCGGGACAUUUCUGAAUCUGACAGCAUGAAACAGAACCUCAUAGUGGCAGUGAAAGAUAACGGACAGCCCUCUCUGUCUGCCACCUGUUCCAUGUAUCUACUUAUCUCUGAUAACUUGGCUGAGGUGCCAGAACUGAAGGAUAUUUCCUAUGAUGAGAAGAAUUCCAAACUGACUUCUUACCUGAUCGUCGCUCUGGUGUCCGUGUCCACCUUUUUCCUGACCUUCAUUAUCAUCAUCCUGGGUGUGAGGUUUUGUCGCAGGAGAAAGCCCAGACUGUUGUUUGACGGAGCAGUCGCCAUCCCCAGCGCUUAUCUGCCUCCUAAUUACGCAGAUGUUGACGGCACAGGAACUUUACGCAGCGCUUACAAUUAUGACGCCUACUUGACAACAGGAUCUAGAACCAGUGACUUUAAGUUUGUGACAUCUUACAAUGACAACACGCUGCCUGCUGACCAGACUCUGAGGAAGAGUCCAUCAGACUUUGUAGAGAAAUUUCAAGAUUCUUUGGAGCCGCUAGAGGUAGAUGCAUGCGCUCGUUUUAAAUUAAGUCAAAUCAAUUAA